CAUCAAGCAUCAUCAAGACCGAAGCUUAUAACUUCAUCCCACUCAACUCACUCAACCUCUCAUCUUCAGCUUUGAUACCCAACCGCCACCAUGUCUGAGCGAAAGGUGCUAACCAAGUACUACCCCCCGGACUUCGACCCCAGCGCCAUCACGCGGGUCCCGAAACACCUGCGCAAGACAGGCCCGAAGGUGAUCACCGUGCGUUUGAUGGCGCCGUUCUCCAUGAAAUGCGACAAGUGUGGAGAAUUCAUUUACAAAGGCCGAAAAUUCAACGCACGAAAAGAAACCACCUCCGAAAAAUACUUCUCGAUUCCGAUCUACCGCUUCUACAUCCGGUGCACGCGAUGUAGCGGGGAGAUCACCUUCGUGACGGACCCGAAGAACAUGGAUUACCGGGCGGAGCGGGGGGCGAAGCGGAAUUUCGAGCCGUGGCGGGACGCGUCGCAGGUGCCGAACCACGACGAGACGGAACAAGAGAUUCUGGACCGACUGGAGCGGGAGGAAGGGGAGGAAGUCGAGCAGGAGGAGAGGGAUAAGAUGGCGGAGUUGGAGGAGAAGAUGUUGGAUUCGAAGCGGGAGAUGGCGAUUGCGGAUGCGUUGGAUGAGAUCCGCACGCGGAAUGCGCGGAUGGAGCGGACGGAGGCGCUCGGGGAAGAGGGGACGUUGACGGCGUUGGAGAGGGUGAGGGAUCAGAAGGAUGAGGAGGCGCUGCGAGUCGAAAGGGAGAUUGAGGAGGCCGCUCGAAAGGCGUUUAUGACGGAGGAUGGGGUCAGGGUGAAGCGGUUGGUUGAUGAUGAUGCAGAAGAAGACCACAAAACUGCAACGGCGGCGGGUGCAAAGCCGGCCUCGUCAUCAUCAUCAUCUUCUUCAUCAACGAUGAAACCCCCGGGCGAUCAGCCGGCCCCGUCUUUUGCCCGCGUCAAAAAGGCCAAGAAGCCUUUGGCCAAUAGCUUGGGCAUCAAGAAGAAGGCUAAGCCCUCGUUGGUAUAAGUCUCUGCAUUUGUGUUGAUUUGCUCCUCUAUGAUCUUCUCGCUCGACACUACCAAGGCGUUUGGUUGCAUGGCUAAGCAUGGGAGGUUUAUUACUACGAACUUACGGUUAAAUUUUUGUCUGGCUCAUACAAUCCUUUCAUUCUGCUGAUGAAUCAUACUUGUGCACGACGCAUGAGCUAUAACGUUAUCUCUUACACUGCAUACCUUACUACUCGUAACAGCAGUCAAUGUCUAGAUUGAUAUCUGCCUGAAUUAAAUUAUGAUACAU